GGAUGGUGGCCUUCGCUUGGGGCCUGGCGCUGCUGGUCUCUUUCCUGCCCGUCCAGCUGGGUUGGCACCAGCCGAGUCCCAGCCUCAAUGGCAGCCUGGACGACGAAGAGGAGGCAGCCUGGCACUGCGAUGCCAGCCUGAGCCGGACCUACGCGGUGGCCUCCUCCCUGGUCAGCUUCUACAUCCCGGUGGCCAUCAUGGGGGUGACUUACACCCGGAUCUACCGCAUCGCCCGGCUCCAGAUCCGUCGGAUCUCCUCCUUGGAGAGGGCCGCCUUGCACUGCCGCUCCCAUCAUCCCCCGCCUUCCUCCUCCUCCAGGAUCCGCAAGGAGACCCAGGUUCUGAAGACCCUCUCCCUCCUGAUGGGGGUCUUCGUCUGCUGCUGGCUGCCCUUCUUCGUCCUCAACUGCCUGCUGCCCUUCUGCCCGGCCACCCAGCCCCCCUGCGUCAGCCGGGCCACCUUCGACGCCUUCGUCUGGGUCGGCUGGGCCAACUCCGCCCUCAACCCCUUCAUCUACGCCUCCGACGCCGAGUUCCGCAAGGUCUUCGCCGGCUUCCUCCGAGGACCCGCUUGGCGGAGGCGGCGGCGGCGGCGGGAGUCCGACGCCACCCCUGCAGAGUCGGCCAAUGCCAGCCGCCAUCCCCUCCGACGGCUCUUGGGCGGCCGCGGGGAAGGAGAGCUCUCCUUGGACCUCCCCCCCAGUCGGGAGAUGGCCACUAGCAGCCACCUUUAGCCUUUUCAUCCCGUCCGCACUGCGGAAUUAAUCCGAUUUGGUCCCGCUUUUAACUGCCAUGGCUCAAUGCGAUGGAAUUGUGGGAAAUGUCGGUUUAGAGAUUUGCCAUCGAAGACCGGACUCUGGCAGUCAGAUGGAGUGAGGCUCUUCUUCCCCACACACCUUUGAGCUCUCUCGCUCUCUCUUUCACUCUCUCUUUCCCAUUCUCUCUCUCUCUUUCUCCCUCUGUCUUUCUUUC